AUGGACAAGCCACUCAAACUUUACUUCAUUCCAUACUUAGCAGCAGGACACAUAAUCCCUUUAUGUGAUAUUGCUGCUCUCUUUGCCUCUCGUGGCCACUUUGUUACAAUCAUAACCACUCCUUUAAAUGCUAAAAUCCUUCCCAAAUCUAACAACUUCAAUGUUCAAACUUUUCAAUUGCCUUUCCAAGAAGUUGGCCUCCCGGAGGGAGUCGAAAACCUCUCCACUGUUACUGAUGUCGAGAGUGGCUACAAAAUCUACCAAGCUGCUACACUGCUCCGCAAACAGGUUGAGAAUUUCGUGGAGCAGCACCGACCUGAUUGCAUUGUUGCGGAUUUUUGUUUACCUUGGGUGGAUGAGCUGGCAAACAAGUUUCAUAUUCCGAGAUUCGCCUUCAAUGGUUUCUCACUCUUUACCAUAUGUGCCAUGGAAUCCCUCAAAUCAAACCCUCUCCCUGAAAAUGCUUCUGGUCCUUUUGUUAUUCCGAAUUUUCCUCACGAUAUCAUCAUUAAUUCAAUACCACCCAUAGAGUCCAAGUCUUUUAUGGAUCCUCUACUCACUAUAGCGCUUAAAAGCCAUGGCUUCAUCAUCAACAGCUUCGUCGAGCUCGAUGGAGAUGAGUAUGUUGAGUAUUAUGAGAAAAUCAUCGGUCACAAGGCUUGGCAUCUUGGCCCAGCCUCUCUUGUUCGCAAAACCACUCAAGAGAAGGCAGAAAGGGGAGAAAAGAGCACGAUAAGCGUGCAAAAGUAUUUGACUUGGCUCAACUCAAAGCAAGAUAACUCUGUGGUUUACAUCAGCUUCGGCACCAUUUGUUACUUGCCUGACAAGCAAUUGUUUGAGAUUGCAAGUGCGCUAGAAACAUCGGGUUAUGAUUUCAUAUGGGUAGUCCCAGAGAAGAAGGGGAUGGAGAAUGAGAGCGAAGAGGAGAAAAAAAAAUGGUUGCCCAAGGGAUUUGAAGAGAGGAAUAAGGGAAUGAUUGUACGGGGGUGGGCCCCACAGGUGGUUAUCCUAGGCCAUCCUGCUUUGGGAGCAUUUUUGACGCAUUGUGGGUGGAACUCUGUGGUGGAGGCUGUUAGUGCAGGGGUUCCAAUGAUCACAUGGCCGGUUCAUAGUGAUCAAUUCUACAAUGAGAAGCUGAUAACUCAGGUGCGGAGGAUUGGAGUGGAAAUCGGUGUAGAUGAGUGGAACAUGGCUGCUUUUCGAGAUUCAAAAAAACUAGUGAAGAGAGAUCGUAUAGAGAAUGCUGUAAGAAGAUUAAUGGAUGAUGGUGAUGAAGCCGUCCAAAUUAGACAAAGAUCUCAAAAGUUUGCAAAAAUUGCUAGACGUGUUCAAGAAGAUGGCUCAUCCCAUGAGAAUUUGACGGCUUUGAUUGACGAGCUUAAGCGAUUAAGAGAAAAUAAGGUGCUUGAUUAACUGUGAUGUCUUAUUUAUAAGAGACAAUUAGGUCAUUUUAUUGUGAAAUUACAUCACUUAAAUAUGUUGUAAGGUUAUUUUUAAAUAUGAUUUAGCGUUUGUCCAAGUACACGAAAUCUAUGUGCAUCUGGAAAUUUCAAUAUAACUAUUUCUAUUAAAAUGAUUGUGCACUACUAUAGUGAGGAAAAUUAGAACCUGCCAUGACUCUGGUUAAAGCGGAUUCUCUCUCAAAGUCAAGCAAGUUUAAGCAAGUACAUAUGAAUCAAAAUUGAAGAUCAAAAUAAAAGGGACUAGUACCUUAAUAAAUGACAUGGCACAUACAUUCGAUGAUGCUUAUGUGGCUGGCCAAUCAAAUUUUCCAUAGUAGCACUUGUCCUGCAAAAAAAGUUCAUCAUGGUUAAAACAUCACAAAUUUGGAACAUAUUUUAUAUUAUAUGGAUCGUUGCCGACUUCAAGACUUGUAUAAAAACUACACUGCAGCUAAUAGCCAAGAGCCAAUAUUUUUUUCUUUUUUUUCUAAACCAGCAAGAGCCGAUAUGUUUCAUAUGAAAUGCAAGCUCUUUUUUUUCUCUAUUUUUAUAGCCAAAAUUUAAUUAAUUGUUAAUAUAUUCAACGACAAUACAAAGAAAAAAAGUGUACUAUUAUUAUACUCUUGUAUUAUUUAUAAGAGAUAAAGAUAAUUAAGGUUAUUUUCAAAUGUGGUAUAGCCUUUUAUUCCUCAU